GCGUUGUCUUAUUUGAGUCUAAUGUCCAACUCCUACGCCUCCUCAUAAUCCAAAUUCUCACACGAGCGCUUUAUCUUUGAAGCUCAAUUGGCUUAUCAGAAACCCGGAACGCACCAGGAACUGACGCCCAGUUACUAUAAUGCUUGGCUUAGGAGCGUAUGAAAGCAGCAGUGACGAAGAGGUGGAAAAUAAUUUGCCCUCAGUACAAUCGAAGAAGAUCGCAAGCCAGAAAGCGCAGUCACAGGAAGUCACAAAAGCUACAGCAGAAACCGCCAAUGAAGCCACACCAUCAAAAGAGAUACCUGUUCCAAACACAGACAGGCCUGUUCUUGGGCCGACGCAUGAAGGCUCACAAAAUCCGCAAGAGCAACCAGCCGAACAUUUACAAGUCUUCUCAGCGGACCGAACAUUGAUCCAUGACCUAACACUUCCUCCGAUACCAAAUCUAGACAUCCCACCAUCUCCCCCUGGCUCUCCUAACCCUGCAGCAAAUGCCAAAUUCGCACACUUCUUGACCCUAAAGAAACAGGGCAUGCAUUUUAACGAAAAGCUCGCCGGGUCUACAUCCCUCAAAAACCCCAGUUUACUGAAGAAGAUGAUGGACCAUGCCGGCAUUGAUGAACAAGCACAAUAUCACACAUCUUUACCACCUGAAAUAUGGAACAUCAGCGAUCUGCCAAGUUGGGGGUAUAAAGAGGAGCUUUUAAAAGCGCAGAGGGAAAUUCAAAAUAGGGCUGAAGAAAAGAAGUCCGCAGGACAGAGGGAUGCUAUCAACUUUGUGGCUGCCACGCCUAGCGAGUUCUCCCGUGCAGGCCCUAUUGCUAGCUCAAGGCCAAAACAAAGGUAA